AUGGCUAAGAAGGCAGCCAAGUCGACGCCCGCCAACGCCACCAAGGCCGUGCCGCCGGCCGCCGACGCCAAGAGCCCGGCCGUCGUCGCGUAUGAGGCCGAGCUCCGCGAGCAGCGCAAGAAGCUCACGCUCUUUCGCCGGCCGCUCGCCGUGCUCUACCACUUCUCGAUCGUCCUUGUCGGCUUUCUCAAGUGGUUUGCCAUCUACCUCGUGCAGCACAACGUUACGCGCUUCGUGGCGCUGCCGCUCUUCUUGAUCUGGCUCGGCGCGACCAAGACCGACGGCGAGCACCAAGUGCUCUUGGCCCAGUUCAACACGUACGUCGAGUUUGUCGUGUGGUGGGUCGGGCUCGGCGUGCUCUCGUCCGUGGGCCUUGGCACGGGCAUGCACUCGGGCAUUCUCUUCCUCUUCCCGCACAUCUUCCUCGUCGUGCAGGGCGCCGAGAUCUGCCAGUCGCUCGACUUUGACACGUUCCACCACACGUGGUUCCGGUCGUUUGAAGCCAACUGCGCGAGCGUGCCAGCAUCGAGCUCGGUGACGUUUGCCAAGAUCUUUCUCAAGGUCUUUCUCCCAAGCAUGCUCUGGGGCGCGGGCACGGCCAUGGGCGAGAUCCCGCCGUAUGCUCUCAGCCGCGCCGCGCGCCUCGCUGGCCAGCGCAACGAAGAGUUUGAGGAAAUCGCCGAGUCGUCGUCCGAGUACAACGUCAUGAACCGUAUGAAGGACUGGAUGAUCGGGUUCCUCCAGCGCCACGGCUUUUGGGGUGUCCUCCUCAUGUCGGCGUGGCCCAACAUGGCGUUCGACCUCUGUGGUAUUUGCUGCGGCCACUUCUUAAUGCCGUUCUGGACCUUCUUUGGCGCGACGCUCAUCGGGAAGGCGCUCAUCAAGGUCAACAUGCAGGCCGCGUUCUUCAUCACGAUCUUCACGGACGCGCACAUGAAGCAGAUUGAGCAGUUUAUCGGCGCUGUCACGCCAACGUCGUGGGCGCUCGACCAAAAGGUCAGCGACUUUCUCCUUGAAUGCCGCAACAAGUUCCACGCUGCGUCGGACUCGGCCAAGCUUGCCCACGAGACGGGCGCCGAGGGAAGCUCGAGCCUCAUCUCGCAGCUCGGGUCGCUCGUCAUGGUGGCCUUUAUGGGCUUCUUCGCGAUCUCGUGCAUUGAGCAAUUCGCGCAGCAGCACGCGGCCGAGGAAGACGCCGUCAAGGUCGAGGCGUUUGCCAAGUCGCAGUAA